UUGAUUUUGAGAAGGAUGUUGGUUUUUCGAUGUCGGACGUGUUCACGAGUGCGGAGCCUGAUGCGUCAAUGCCUGGUGUUCCCCGCGUGCCUGCUGUGCAUGAACGUUUUGAUGAUGAGUUGGGUGUCUCGAAGUUUGGUGUGUCUUCUCAUGAUGUACCCCGCGUGCCCGCUGUACUUGAGAGUCCUGAUGAAGUGGUCGGCGUUUCGGAGUGUGAUUCAUCUAUCCCUGCUGUACCAAGUGUGCCUGGAAAGGUUGGAGACUCGGCUCUCAUCAAGGUUGCCGCUGUAGUGAGUUUGGACCUUAGGUUCCACCAAAUCGGAGCCAACGGGAAAGGAGGAUUUGGACGUCACUCCGCGAUGGAUUCCGAUCUAGAACCCCCCCGCGUGACGGAUGCUGUCGCGGAAUACUCGGCGAAGAUGAUUGAUGUGUGGGAGAGUGAAGAGUGUGAACGCGCCACGGCUGUGUUGGGUCCGGGGAAGACACCUUUCAACGUCGGCAAUGCGCAAAAGGUUAUGGAUGUUAACACGUUCCACAACCGUGCCGGCCACUUGUCCGAACCCAUUUUGAGACUGUCCGCGAAGCAGCACGGGAUUACCCUCACGGGCACGAUGGACAGCUGCCGCCGAUGGUGCUUGCCGGCGCGUGGGACGAGGGCGCCGGUGCCGAAGCAGGGGGGCGGGUACCGCGGCAAGAGGGCGCCGAGCGACGUGUUCCGCAUCGACCUCUGCGGCGCGUACACGGCGACGAUCGGUGGCAACCACUAUAUGCUCCUCGGUGUGGACGCCGCCACGGGAUGGAUGGUCUGCUACGCCAUGCGGCGUAAGUCGGAGGCGCUAGCGGUCGUCAAGCGCAUGGUCGUGGAUGCCGCCCACAAGGCUGGUACCGCGAUCAAGUGCAUCCGCUGCGACUGCGAUGCCCUCUGGACCAGCAGCGACUUCAACGAGUUUUGUGCCAGCAUGGAGAUCGCGCUCGAGUACUCCCCUCCCGGCGUGCAGCAGUACAACGGCGUCGUCGAGAGCGCCAUCCAGAGGUGCCUCAAGGUGGCCAAGGCAUCCCGCCGGGCCGCCCAGGAGCUGCUUGGCCCCGCAGGAUUUUCUCGUGUCCGCGGUCUGAGUGUUCGUGGCGAUGAGCUCUGGGCGGAGUCCGCAAAAGAUGCCGCGCAGAAGUCAGCAUAUCCUUCCAACCCCGGGGGUGCGUCGCCGCAGGAACUCUACACCGGCAAGGGAGGCCCUUCCCGCUUGAACCCGUUCUUUCAGUACGGUUUCAUGUGGGAGCGGCUGGCGAAAAAUAUGGACGGCAGGGCCGUGCCGUGUUUUUUCCUCAACGCCGGGGCCAACCACGCCGACGUCACGGUUAAGGACGAUGCCGUCACCAAGCCUCUCCCUCCGACCGAGAUCACCAUGGGGCUGCUGGCGCAAGCAAACGACGACGUCCUCCUCUCGAUGCUGGAUGCUCGGCGAGUCAAGAACGGUAAGACAAUGCUCCGGCCAGGAUUGGAGGGGUCGGCGAGAAGGGGGGCGGAGGCGAGCAGCUCGCGAGGAGUGAGGGGGUGGGAGAGAGCACGGGAAAGUUGCCGGAGGUGGGNCAUCGCCCAGCAACAGCUUUCUGCCCUAUCGGUGGACCGGCAGUUGCCAUUACUGCAGGACGAUGCCGUCACCAAGCCUCUCCCUCCGACCGAGAUCACCAUGGGGCUGCUGGCGCAAGCAAACGACGACGUCCUCCUCUCGAUGCUGGAUGCUCGGCGAGUCAAGAACGCUUUGGCGUGUGAGCUUGACUUGGAGUUGUGUCACUUCGAUAUCGUCCAGGCUAUUGUGAGGGCCCCUCUCAAGGAAGAUAUUUUCAUGCGACUGCCGGAGGGAUGUGGUGCGUUGUCGGGGAAGAUACUGCAGUUGAAUAAGAGUCUUUGUGGCUUGAGGCAGGCAGCUAGAGAGUGGUACGCGUUACUGAAGAAGUGCAUUUUGACUUUGGGGUUCGAGCAGUGCAUGGCUGAUUCGUGUGUUUUUCGUUUUGUCGAAGGGGGGGGAGUAGUGUUGCUUCUCGUAGUACACGUAGACGAUAUUUUUGCAGUGGGGACGAAGGAAGGGUGUCAUCAAUUCGGGAAGGACCUGGGAGAGUAUGUGCCAGUGAAGUCUCUAGGGGAGAUGAAGUGGUACUCCGGUUGCUAUUACGAGAGGGACAGAGAGGCUGGCAGGCUGACGAUUUCACAGCAGACAUACACCGAAGAGCUGGGAGAGAGAUAUGGUGUCGAGUGGGGGGGGGGCAUUCCUUUGCCCACCACCUGGAGACUUUGGGACUUCGACUUGGACGAGCCGAGCGUAGAGUACACUUUUCGCGCGCUGGUCGGUUCGCUGUUGUGGAUUGCCUUGUUGACUAGGCCGGAUAUCGCGAAUUCGGUGAGAGCAGUGGCGAGGUAUUGUAGUGCACCGAAGUUGAUCCACUGGAAGGCUGCACUUAGCAUUUUAGGAUAUGCAGUUAGGACUGGUUCUUUGGGGAUUUCUAUUAAGAGGGGGACGGUUUCGGGAUUUUCUUUGAUUGCGUUUGUCGACGCGGAUUACGCUUCACGUGCGGCAGACCGUAGGUCGGUUUCGGGAGGGGGAGUGAUGUGUUCAGGAGGGGCGAUUGCAUGGUUCUCCAAAACUCAGAAGUGUGUGACUUUGUCUACCACGCAGGCAGAAUACGUGGCGAUGGCGGACAUGGGGAAGGAGAUUUUGUUUUUGGAGCAAGGGGCUAUCCAGAUCGCAAAACACCCGAUCUCGAAUUUCAACUCGAAGCACAUCGACGUGCCGCAUUACUUCCUCAGGCAGCUCGUAGAUGAGAAGGUGGUAAAGAUUAUCCACGUAGCGUCGAAGUACCAGCAUGACGACUUCCUCACGAAGGCGCUCCCUGAGAGAGAGUUUGUUUCCCACCGGGAGAUCCUUUUUGGUUUUUGA